AUGGAUGAAAAGAUCAAAGGAUAUUUGAAUAAUUUUAAAAACAAGUUUUCUAAAAUUAUUCUGAAUUCGUCAGGUAAGAAUAAUCUUAGUAUAGAUAUAAAUUAUAUAAAAGACGUUUUAAUAAAGUCGAAUAUAAAAAGACAUAUAGAGAUAAAUAAUAAAUUUCUUGAAUUAUUUAAAACAUUAAAUGAAAAUAUAAAUUGUUUAAGUGAAUUAAAUAAUAUUUUAUCGGUACCAAAGAAUAAGCAUAUUGACAACUAUGAGAAUUUAUUGAGUAAGGAAUAUUUUUUUGAGAAAAAAACAAAAGAAGAAGGAUAUAUAAAAGAAAAAUAUUCUAUUAUUGAAAAUAUAAUAAAAAAUAUGCAAAUGAUUCUUUUAAAUUGUGAUGAAAUUGUAGAUUUAUUUAAAGAAUUAUAUUUAUUCUUUUAUUUGUUCAUCUACAAAUUUGAUUGUAAUAUAAAUAACUAUGUUGGAUAUUUAUAUAAUCAUAAAGAUAUUGAGAAUAAAAAAUUAAAAACCCUAACAAUGAAUAAUAAUAAUAAAAAUAAUAAUAUUUAUAAUAAUAAUAUUCAUAAUAAUAAUAUUCAUAAUAAUAAUAUUCAUAAUAAUAAUAUUCAUAAUAAUAAUAUUCAUAAUAAUAAUAUUCAUAAUAAUAAUAGUAAUGUUUCUUUUGAGAACCUUUCUUGUUUUUAUAAAAAUUUAUUUUGUGAAAUAUUUUUCUUGAACAAAAUAUGUGAAGAAGAGGUAGCUCAUUUUUUCUCACACAAAUUAUUUGUGUCAAGGUUUUAUAAUAAUAAAAGUAUUAAUAAGUUUUUAAAAUUCAUUCUACUUAAAGAAAAAGAAAAACUUAAUUUUAUAUAUUUAAAAGAAGUGGAAACAUUUUUUCUGUUAACAUGUGUAUUAUAUUAUAUGGAAAGAGAUAUGAAUCUUAAGAUUCAUAUGAACGAUGUUAUAAUGAAACAUAUAUACAACAAUAUCACAAGAGAAAAGAAUGAAAACAUAAAUAAAAAUUAUAAUAAUUUAUUUGAUAUAAAUAAUAUUUUUCAUGAACAUAUUUUUAAAAAUUAUUCAACAGCCCUUUUUUAUAAUCCCUACAUUAAUAAAAUGAAAAAAAUAUCAUAUAUUAUAUGA